CGGUGCAAGGGCAGUUGCUGUCGUGUAGUCUGGAGGGGAGGGGCCUAUCAGGAACGGAUCGCUGAUUUCUGCGGUUUUGGUGUCGGUGAUGCCUUCGUCGUUGUUGUGGUAGGGAUCGACGAUGUCUGCGACGAAUCCUCCAGAUGGGUUCCCAUCUCCAGACCCGGGAGCACCGCGGACAUCUCCAGGUGGUGUGUCGGAUCUGCCAGCAGCCGCUCUCGUCUCAGCAGAAACGUCGCGGUCAUCAUCAAGCGGCGUCAUCGGGAGGCAAGAAGAUAAAGAAGGUUAAGAAAGCCAGAAGCUAUUCGCCAGCGUCUUGCGCCAGUCUCCAGUACGGAAUGUCGGGAAGCGUCGAAAAAGCGGAGGAUGUGGAGGCUGCGGAGGCACCAGAAGGGAAUCCUGGGUUGUCCUCGCCCGCUGACCCCGCUUCAUUGGCCAUGGCCGAAAUUGACGUGGAGCUAGUCCGAAAACUUCUGCUGCAGCUGUACGAGCAUCUUAUGCGCCAGGUCAUCACGCUCAUCGUGGCCGUCUCCAUCUGCAUGCUGAGCGUGAGCGUUCUGACGCGCGUACUCCAGCAGAGCCACAACGACUACCUGCAGAUGGGCUACAUUCGCUUUCCGGAGGACGCUGCAGGCGCGGAGACCGUCGUGCUUAUGAACUCGUUCGGGAAUGCCUUCAGCUUCCUCGUGAUGAUCGUGAUCGUCAACUGCGCCUUGGUGCUGCUAUACAAGAGGGGCCACUACAACAUCAUCAAGGCCUGGAUGAUAACUGGAAGCGGCGUGCUGCUCUUCCUGACGGGCUACUAUUACCUGGGCCGACUGGCCUUUUACUUCAACGCGCCGCUGGACCACCUGACGUGUUCGCUGUUCAUAUGGAACGUGGGCGUGACCGGCAUCACGUCGCUGUACCACGACGGGCCGUUCCUGAUGCAGCAGGGCUACCUCGUGUACAUAUCUGUGCUCAUGGCCGUGACGCUGGAGGAGUCCUUCCCCGAGUGGACGUCGUGGAUCCUCCUGGUGCUCGUCUCCGUGUGGGACAUAUUCGCCGUGCUCUGCGUCCUGGGCCCGCUCCGGAUCCUGCUCGAGACGGCCAAGGAGCGAAACGAGCCGCUCUUCCCGGCUCUCGUGUUCUCCACGUCCUCCGCGUGGUGCUACGCCAUCGGCGCCCGCUCGUCCCUCGACACUGCUGCCGGCUCGAAUCACUCGCUCGCCGACAAGGAGCUCCUGCCCACGGAUUCGGCGUCCGAUCCUCCAAAUCGGAGGGCAACGCUGACUUCCCAGUGCGCCGAUCGCACGAGCAAAGUAGCGGCUUCGAUUCGCUCCUGCCUCGAGGCGGCUGCGGACGACUCGCGGUUGGCCUCCACCUUCCGGGAGCGCUCGACGGCUUCGCCGAAGAAAGAAGACAACUUGCUCCAAUUUAGCGGUCCAAAGGAAGCCAACAAUCAGCCCAGUUCGACUGAUAAGGCGCGAGGAUGUCGGAACGAGUUGGAUGCGGAGACCUCCACCGGGUCGACUGCGAAUUCCGCGGCCGCCGGUUCUGUCGUCCCGGAGAAUCGCGGAGAGUCGCCCGCGGCACGGCCGCACCGGUGCCGCGAAGAUGGCGUCGCCGCAGACAGGGAGGACGCUCCGUUGCCGCUGUUGCCUCCCACCGCAGGCGUUCACAGGUGCCGCCACCACGGCAGAGCCCACCGGCGCCAGGCGGAGCGUCAAUUGCGGGACGACAUGCCGGGCAACCAGGGAAUGAAGAUGGGCCUGGGAGACUUCAUCUUCUACAGCGUGCUCGUGGGCAAGGCGUCGCGACACGGCACCGCGCUGACGGUGGUCGCCUGCUACGUGGCCGUAAUCGUGGGCAUCCUGCUCACCCUCUCCCUGCUGCUGUAUUUUCAGAAGCCGCUGCCCGCGUUGCCGUUCUCGAUCGGCCUGGGUAUCGCGGCCUACUUUUCCAGCUUUUAUCUCGCAGAACCUUUCAUCGAUGUCGUGGACGGGACCGUUUUCUAACCAAAGCGGUCGCUGUCAGCUGUGGCGGCCAAGUUGCCUUUUUUUUAAUAGAGAAUAGCAGUGAGAUAGAUAUACGAUCAAGUUAAGCAGUAAACCAUGAACGACCUCAAUUUUUGUCAUUCUUUGUUGUAAAAGGGGAGCCCUUAAGGCGUUCACGGUGCGCGAAGUUAUCGUUUGCUAUUUAUAAGCUUCUUAUUUGUGUUCAGAAUAUUCAUUUUCUGAAAUGGCAUAGGUAUAGCUGGGCUAACGUUAAAUAAGAUCGUAAGUCGCAUGGUCAACGCGAGGUUUCAAAAGGUGAAAGCUUUUGUUUGUCACGCUCAGUGUUCUCAAAGACCAUGCAUGCGCCAUCAUUGGCAGGUAUUAGCUAGCCUCUGUAGAGUCUAGAAAGCGA